CGGUUCCGAGAAAAGCGGCGCUCCCACGUCGAGCCGACACGGAUUACCGGAAGAAGCGGCACUUCGUUGCGCGACUGCCGAGCGCGCCCGCGCUCAUCAUUAACCACCGCUCGCUACUCAUUAACCACCGUCAGCCGGCACUUAACACUCGCGACGCAGCAAUGCGCGAUUACGCUCGCGUACAGUCACGCCUCGGACGAGUAAAUAAAGCGCGGCUCGCGCCGAGCUAGAUGGCUACGUUACGGCUGCUCGUCGUCGUCGUCGUCAUGCCCCACUGAUCACAGGUCACGGCAAACGUUCUCACACCCGGGCGAGAGAGACCGUGCGAUCGACGUGAGCCUCGUCGCGUAAACUCGAACGGAUUCAACGGAAUCGCGUUAUAAACGAAAUAACGCUGGCACAAUGGCGGCUAUUAACGGUCGAAAAUAGCGCCAACCGAAGACUAAUAAGAUUCCGCUUGCCGCGCGGCAACAGUUGAUCCUGUGUAUCGAUUGGCUAUCGGAGAUAGAGAAUUACUAGGGACUAUGGGGAGAGCGUUGGGAAUUCUAGUUUCUUGCCGCGAUAGGUCGAUCGAUCUCGAUCGAUAUGCGAGGAGUUUUCGACGCUCACGCAACUACGUACCACAAGUUCUUUCGUUCACCUCCGUGGCGGUUGGAUGUGGUUCCUGUAACUACGGAUAUUUUUUGAUCGUGGGAACUGCGUACGCGUUGUCCCUGUUUCUCGUUUACCUUCGUACUACUGGAAAAUGGCAUAUGGACAAAGCUGAAUGCAGUCCGGAGUCAGCAAAGAACUACCGCUACUACUACUACUACUACAACUAUGUACCGUUGCCGACUGAACAGCUGUUGGGUCGUGCCGUUUGGUGGUGGGGUGCUGGCAGCGAAUAUCGGAACACAGCCUAAAUAUCUGUUUUCUACAAUAGAAUGCUCAAGGACAAAGAUAUACGCAGAGAUGAAAUAUUUUUGGGACAGACCUCGUCGUCAGACUAUUCGCUAGCCAAUCUCAGCGUGAGGAAGGCUUGAGCGUCGUGAUUGGUCGACAUCGACGCGCCGAGAUCGCGCGUGAAAGAGAAGCUGGCGGUGUGCGAGCGAGAGAGCAGCGAGCGGCAAGAAUGCAACGGUAGUCAAUGAAAGAGACGCUGAUGUGAUGAUUUCCCUUUAGACAUCGAGUUGUUCGAUUUAUUAUCGCGACAGUUCCUCGCUAAUUGGCGAUAGCCGACAAAGUGACGCGAAGCGAGCGAGCUCGCCUCAGUUUACCUUGAGACGGCUGCUCCAGCCGGGAGAUCCUUCGCGGACAAAGGACUCUCUUUCGUCGUCCUGUUUUCGAGUUUGAAUCCUCGCAAGGCGACACCAGGACGGAUCCUUCUUGUGCACCGCGGACCAUCGGACUAGAGGUGCCCUCGAGAUGCGGUGAUGGCUUUGUUGUAUAGGUUCGCGCAGCUACACGAUCGCAAUGGCACGCGGGUCUUCUCCUUCGUCGUCACCAGAAGCGUCGUGCGCGAUCCUGAGAGGGACGUCACCAGCAAGGAACUAGUAUGCGGCUUUCAGAAGUGGGCCGUCGCUUUCUCGCGCGGGGAAAAGGUCCUGGGAGUGUACCUGGUAUGGCGGGGCGCGUCGAGGAACCUCCGCGUCUACGUGGACUUCACGUUCACGCUGCUGAAUCGGGAGCACUUCUCCAUGAACGAGGGCUUCUCCGGCAAGCGCGUCAAGUUCACCUACGAGGCGCCGGCCCAAGGCAACCGCAACUACAUCCCCGUGUCCGACCUCUACAGCCGUAACUUCGCCGACACGAACGGCGAGUUUCAGCUGGAGCUGUCGAUGGCGAACGUGCGGACCGUCUACAUGACCGAGGUCAGGAUGUCGACGUCGGUGUUCUCCGCCGGCCAGACGAAGCCGAUCAAGCUGGAGACCGACUGCUUCACCUUCGGCGGCUUCGACUGGAACCUGGUGAUCUACCCGUACGCCAAGGACUCGGACGGCCGGAGCCAGGACAGCCGGGUGAGCGUCUACCUGAUAAGACUGACCGGCUUCGACCACCGCUGCAGGGUGAGAUACAGCGUGGCGUUGGGCGACGGUGAACGGCGGAUCGACUCGGGGCAGAUCGAGGACAUCUCCGACGCGGAAGGCUGCGGCUUCGGCUGGAACACGAGGGUCAAGUGGUCGGACAUCGCGCACAAGGGCACGCUCCGCGUGUCCCUGGAGAUGCUCGAGGCGAGGACCAUCUGCGAGAUCACGGUGCAGGCGUUGGGUCCGCCGGUACCACCGGCGGCACCCUGUUACGACCGCGACAAGCAGGCGUGGGCGGUCCGCGCCGACCUCUACUCCGACACGGUCAGGCUGCACUUGGUCUACAAAGAUAUCCACAACGUGCCGAGGAAUCACUUGAGGUACGUCAGUUGGUCGGCAUACUUGCUGAAAAGCGAGGGACCAAACGUCGUGGCGAUCAGACUGCCCGGCGCACCGUUCAGCCGCUACUACGCCCAGGAGUCCGUCGACGAAGGUAUCAUCAUGGAGACUAGCCUAGACAUGAACGAAGUGAAGGAUAAUCACUGUCCAUUCCUCACGGACAAGGGCCAGCUGAGGAUCCGGCUGGAGUGGAACGAGAGCCACCUGCUCUUCCAGGCGACCUACCACAAGUACGACGACGUGUGCCGCGUACACAACCAGCAGAUGCGCCGCGAGAUCGCGUCGCUGCAAGCGGAGAACUACAGCCUGGAGCGGCAGCUCUUCAGCUACCAGAAGAGCCUGGCGUACGCCCAGGCGCAGCAGCAGCAGCAGCAGCAACAGCAGCAGCAGCAGCAGCAGCAGCAGCAGCAGCAGCACUCCAACCAGCAGCACCACUCGAUGAGCCACCCGGCCCAUCUGGAGCGCUCAGUGUCCAGCGAUACCGAAUACGCCUGACAAGUGGAACACGAGUUACU